UGAACAUCCCGAAUCCAGGCAUUUCCUGGUCUUAAGGCGACCCCCUUCGGCGAUUUUUCGUCCCGGAGGUGUGGCAGCUCUCUUACGGCCCUUCCAGCCGCCCUCAUCUCUAUGGUCGUUCCACCUUCUCGUCGGCCAUGAAGUCCGUUUUCGUGACGGUCGGCACCACCAGCUUCGACGACCUCAUUGCCGCCGUGACGGCUCCCGAAGCGACUCAGGCUUUAAAGGAUCUUGGCUGUCACCAGCUUGUCCUUCAGGUUGGCCGAGGCAAAGAGUGUCCAGAUUCAUUUAGCACAGCCACAUUUACUCUGGAAGUGUUCAGAUUCAAGAGCUCACUUUCCGAAGAUGUUAAAAAAGCAGAUCUGGUCAUAAGCCAUGCAGGAGCAGGCAGCUGUUUGGAAGUUUUGGAAGCUGGGAAACCUCUCCUGGUUGUGAUCAAUGACAAGCUUAUGGACAACCAUCAGUUGGAACUGGCCAGGCAGCUGCACAAAGAUGGGUAUCUCUUUUACUGCACAAGCAGGACUCUUGUGGAGACGCUCAAAUCGAUGGACUUCUCUACUCUGAAGCCAUUUGUUCCUGGACAACCAGAAAAAUUUGCUACCUUCAUGGACAGCGUGAUUGGCAGUUACCUCGCCUCGCCUGCUUCUCCCCCUGCCUCGGCCAUGCAGAAGUGCUGGAAGAAGUACUUUGGGCAGAAGUCCCUCAGCGAGGUGACCAUGGAUGAGUACUUGGGCAGCCAGGGACUCUACCGCAAGCUCACGGCCAAAGACGCCACUUGUCUCUUCCGGGCCAUUUCCGAACAGGUUUAUGCUUGUCAGAUUCAUCACAUGGCAGUCAGAAAUGCUUGUGUUUCCUACAUGAGGAAAAACCAGAUAAAUUUUGAGGCUUAUGUGGAAGGCUCAUUUGAAAAAUACUUGCAACGACUUGGAAAUCCCAAGGAAAGUGCUGGACAACUUGAGAUCAGUGCCUUCUCCCUGAUCUAUAAUCGAGACUUCAUUCUUUAUCGGCACCCUGGAAAACCUGCUACUUAUGCUACUGACAACGGCUUUGAGGAUAAGAUUCUGCUGUGCUGUUCAAGUAAUGGCCAUUACGACUCUGUGUACACUAAAAAAUUUCAAGCCAAUGCUGCAAUCUGCCAGGCUGUCCUGUAUGAAAUUCUGUACAAAAAUGUCUUCAAAGUGGAUGAAGAAGAAUUGAAGACUGCCCUUGAGAUGUUUCGAAAUGGGGCUAAGAAAAACAGAAACAGUGCAUCUGUUGGCAGCGAAGAUGCAAAUUUUGAUUGCCUUCCUGACAGGGCAUCCAGAAAUGUUCCGGAAAAGAGAUUGGAAGAUUGGAUAGAUUUUGAUUCGGCCCACCCAGCGGAGGAAAAAUGCAAGCAACUUGCAGAGGAAGGAAAGCCUCCUGAAAACCCAAGAAUGCCCUUUCCCUACAAAGUAUUGAAAGCCCUGGACCCUGAGAUCUAUCGGAAUAUAGAGUUUGAUGUUUGGCUGGAGAGCAGAAAAGAACUUCAAAAAACAGAUUACUUGGUGUUUGCUGGAAGACAAUACUAUUUAGGAGACAAAUGUCAGGUACGGCUAGAAACGGGGGGGAAAUAUUACAAUGCCCAUAUACAGGAUGUGGGACAAGAUAAUAUGGUGACUGUCUUCAUUGAAGAGUUGGCAGAAAAGCAUGUUAUUCCAUUGGUAAAUUUGAAGCCUGUGACUCAAGUCACUCCACUUCCUGCAUGGAAUGUGAUGUCCAACAGAAAAGGAGGAAGUUAUCAGAAGAUACCAGGUGGGUACACCCAUAAUACUGUUUUAUUUCAAAGAAACAAACAAAAGAGUUUCCAGUUGCAAAAAGAAGAAAUGACCAGCUACAUAGACAUGAAAACACGGAAGAAACUCUUCAAGAAAGUGCAUGGAAAGGAAGUCUACAUGACGGUGGCUUACAGCAGGGGCCACCCUGUCCUGCCACCUCGCCUGCAGCACACCAUGGCAUCAGAUCGCUCAUCUUUGGUCCAUUGUUCCCCAAAUGGGCAUAUAAAUCCAUAUGAUCAUUACAAUUUCCAGAAUUCACAGAGAACUGGACGGGGAUACGGAAUGUCGAGGGGAUCUGCCCGAUUUAUAAACAGGAACAACGUCACUGGGCAAGAAAUAGCAUUUUAUCCUAAUCCAGGAAAGAGAUGUUAUCAGAGCUAUGAUAACUUCUCGUAUAGAUCACGUUCAUACAGCCGUAGCCGCAGACAGAUGCAAUGUGUAAAUAAAGAAUGCCAGUACGGAUUUUCACCUGAGAAUGGGGAGGAACCUCGAGGUGUAGAAGAAACCAUGACUUUCUAUGAGAUUGAAGAAGGGGAUGAUGCAAAUUUUCCUCCUUUACCUAAUCGGGGUAACCCAGCUCCAAUAGUUCCUGCUCCUGCAGGAUUCUGGGUGACAAGAAGGACUUCAAACGCCAUCCCGCCAAACAAACCAGGCCUGAAUAAUUCAGAAGUAGUAGUAGAGGAACCAACUGACACUGUGCACUUACCCUCUGAUUUUCAAGGAGAAUAUCAUGAAGAUUAUCUGUAUACUCCUCCAGAUCCAGAGUGCGAAACAACCACAGUAUUUAAUGCAGCUGAAUCUACUGCAAAUUUGGAUGCAGGAGCAAACUGUGUCUCUUCUCAGGAAUCCUCUACCUCCUUCAGUUACUCUCAGAAGGUUAUGUGUAAAUUCCGCCAUUAUAUCCAGCUCUUCCUGUGUUCCAUACACUCCAGCCGCCAUUUUCUCUUCCAGCUUGCAGUGCUUCAACCCAAGUCACUAUCACUGCAUCUACCCCGCAGAAUGCUGUGCCACCAAUUUAGUAACCUCUUCUGUGGGAAGGCCAGGUGGACGGUGUCUGUGUAUCAGUCACCUCCCCUUCCUCCUGUCAGUGAUGUGGGGGAAAACGGCAGUAUUACGCCCCCUUAUUCUUGUGAUCCAAGUGGAAGUGACCUGCCUAGAGAUCCAAAGGUUUUGCAGUAUUAUUUUAAUUUGGGCCUGCAGUAUUACCACCAGACCUGCUGGAACCCCGUGAUGUAUGUGCAGCAAACACCGUCACCACCGCCUCACGUGGAAACCUACCAGACUUAUUCAGAGCAAGUCUCUGUGGUGGAUUCAUCAGCGCCUCUGCCUUACAACGACGUAGAGAGGAACGAUCCACGUCAGAUGCCUGCAGACUCCUCAUCAACCGAUGCCUUGGCCGUCCCAGAAUCCUCUUCACCACCUUCUGGAACCAUUUAUUACCCUGUGGGAACAGACACAUACACCCCGCCUCCUGUGCCAGGGUACGAAUCCUGCGUCUCAUUUGUGCCUGCGUACCACUGCGUCGGUUCUUGGUAUCCAGUCAAUGCGUCUUAUGGAAGCACAGCCCGAAUCCAUAACAGUGUUAACAAUGUUAAUCCCAGCCAUUUCCAUCAGGUUAACUAUGUCACCUCAUCCAAUCCACAACCACAUUUUGUAGCUCAAAGCAUGUAG